AUGCCCGGUAGUGGGGAAGGCCGGAAAUGCAGGUGCAGGUGCAGGCUGCAACAUCCCCUCAAUGCUCACCCAUUCCUCCUCUCCCUCGCACCUGAACUUCAAGUUCAUCCACAGCCCCUUCUUGUCCCACCACUCAGUUCAUCCUCGAUGCACCGUGCCGCUUGUCAUUUACUUGAUAAUGCCAUCAUACCCGGUAGCUGGAAAGUCAUCAGAGGACAUAAUCUCAGUGUCCCUUCCGAGCGCAUACCUGCAGGGAUUUACGUGUCCAUCAAACUCAACGAGAGGAGAGGCUGGAAGUCAGCUAUCCGAGUCCUAUUGUCCGACUGUUCCGUACCUUGGAGUGAUACAGUGACCUUAUCACCAGAUGUGUCCCCUAGUUUAUCACUUGAGAUCUGGGCAUCCUUUGAGCUUGGUCGAAUGCUAGGACAGGGAGAACUCAUUGGGAAACUUGAAACAUCGUGGGAUGAGCUCCUCGAUCAUGGAGAUGAGCCUUUUGAUCUGUCCUUCCCGCUUAUUCAGGGUGUUUGUCCUUCUCUCACGCUGAAGACUUCUGUGCAUCCUUGCGGAAACGACGAUGGUGGACAGUUUGAUUCUAUCAUAGAUUACGAGAUUGCUCGGUACACAAAUGUAGGCCAUACAAGAUUUGCCGAAUACAUCACAAGCAAGACGGUCUCUCGCCUGAACAAUGCUGUGGAGCAAUUUCAAUUGGUUCUGGACCAAUGUCCUGCUGGUCAUCUCGACCAUGCGGCCGCUGUCACCAACCUCGCGCGGGCCCGCCUUCAAGGCUAUAUCCAAAAUGAUCUUCAAGAUAUCGACUCUACUAUCUCUCUAUUCCGUGACGCCCUUGCAUUGCAUCCGCAGGGCCACCCUGAUUGUCCCUUAUCUCUCUACCAUCUUACCAAAGCGUUGAUCUGGCGCCACCACAAUCAACCAACCCCCGCUGACAUUUGUGAAUCCGCCCGACUGUAUCAUGAGCUACUGCAUCUCUCUCCUGGGGGCACCUAUCUUCGCAACAUUGCGGCUGGGGAAGAUGAUGUUGAUUAUGUGAUCAAUGAAUGCGAUAAGCUUCCAACGGACGGAUCUGAUGAAGACAUCCAACUUCGACGAAUCAUACUCGAGCUCUGUCCUUUGGGUCAUCAACACCAUCUCAAUGCCCUCGAGAAGCUUUCACAGGCCCUCGGAGCAAGCUUUGAACAAUGCGGCAACAUUGAUGAUUUAGACGAGAGGAUACAAUGUUGCCGUGAACUUGUUUCUCUGGCUCCCAAAGGAUGUCAUGGUCGUGACACCUACUUGAAUAAUUUGGCCUUUUCUAUCGCACGCCGCUUCGAUCAUCAAGGCAAAUCCCACGACCUCAACGAGGCCAUCUCCUUGUAUGAAGAAGCCUUGCGCCUGCGCCCUGUUGGACAUAGAUAUCGUGAUUUUUCAUUGGACAACCUGGGGGCCGCCCUCUGCACCCGUUUCGAAAAACAUCCAAGUCAUUACAUUCAUGACGUAAACAGAGCUAUCAGCCUCUACCGCGAGGCGUUGAUAUUGCGCCCACCUUGGCAUCCAUGUCGUGGCACCAUCCUUGCCAACAUUGCCUCUGCGCUCAAAACCAGAUAUGACAAAUCGCAUGCCAGUGGGGAUCUUAACGAGGCCAUCGAUUGGUACCGAGAAUCACUUUGGUUAAUGCAGCAUGAUCAUCCAGAGCGCCAUAGAAUUCUGCACAAUUUGAGCUCGGCACUUUGCUCUCGUUUCACGCAAGGUUGGAAGAAUGAAGAUGUUGAGGAGGCCAUUAUUCUGUGCCAGCAAUCAUUGACGGCUUUGCCUCCACUGCACCCGGACAGAUUUUACAGCUAUAGAUGGCUGCAACGAGCCUAUGCAUCUCGUUACCGGGCACAACACAAACCUGCUGAUUUGUCCCUUGCAAUGGCAAACUUCAAGCUGGCAUCCAGACACCCCACUAAAGGCUUUCCGCAUCGAAUUGAGGGGGCCUUUCACUGGGUUGAUGAAGCUGAGGCUUAUUACCAUGAAUCGGCACUGGAGGCCUACGCAACAUUUUUUGAGCUUCUUGACGCUCAUUUGGCGACACGAUCAUCCACCAUUUACAAAUGCCUGUUUGACUCCCAGGCUUCCACAGUUAGCACAGACCGAGCGGCUAUUGAUUGGGCAGCAACAGCGUACAGGAGACUUUUGACACGAUGGAAAGCUGCGGUGGCCGAAAUUCGUAAUAUUCAUGGUUUCUCGCAAUUCCUGCUCCCACCAUCAUACAAAGAACUGCAAGUGGCAGCGCGCCAUGGCCCAGUCAUCAUCCUCAUUGCCAGCAAAUACUCAUGUGACGCCCUCAUUGUCCCGAUGUCGGGGCAACCCCACCAUGUUCCCUUCCCAUCUCUCUCUCUCGCACAUCUAGAGAUGCUCAAGGAUGACUUUGCCAGGGAGAUACGGCACACAGGUCUUAUGGGCCCAACAGAGCCAAGGAAGGAUUUGCGAGUGCUCUUGCGCAAAUUAUGGGAUGAGAUAAUGCAACCCAUCGUUAAUGUCCUCCAACAUAAACUGGGAUUGCAGCCCCAGUCUCGGAUAUGGCUAUGUCCGACGGCAGCCUUCACGUCCCUCCCUCUCCAUGCUGCUAACCCCUGUCAAAAGAAGCCAGGCCGUUCAGAGCCGGAACCAUGCCUGGAGGAUCUCUACGUCUGCUCUUACAUGUUGACAUUGUCUGCUCUGAUCAGGUCUCAGCAGACAAUGAAGAUGCGCGCAACUCCGUCCUUCAUGGCAAUCGGGCAAGGCACAGUGCUUGCCGAUGUUGAUAAUGAGCUUAAGCUUGUUCAUGCACUCAUUCCCUCUAAUGUCAAGUUCACCAAUCUUUCUGGCGGCAACGCUACACGAGCAGGUGCACUCGAUGCCUUGCAGCGCAACACCUGGGUGCACCUUGCUUGUCAUGGCAAACAGGACCGCCAGCAGCCUUAUCAUUCAUGUUUUGCCAUGAGAGAUGAACCUCUCACACUGCUUGACAUCAUGCAGAAUGAUGCCCCGCAAGCUGAAUUUGCAUUCUUGUUGGCAUGUCAUACUACCAUUGGGGAUGAGAAGAUGCCCGACGAGGUUAUCCACCUUGCAGCUGGUCUGCAGUUUUCGGGGUUCAAGAGCGUCAUUGGCACUCUUUGGGCGGUUGAUGAUGCUGUUGCAAAACACAUUGUCGAGGGUUUCUAUCACAAUAUGUUCAAGGAUUUGGAGGAUGGCAGUGACAUGACUGUAUGA